AUGGAGAUCAGGGAGUCUCCCUGCCCCACGGUGUCCCCUCGCAGCCAGGGGCGAAAGACACGAGAGGAGCUCUCACAGGCGCACUCGGGGCGGCUCCCAGGCGUGGGAGGCAGCUGCAGGCCGCAGGGACGGCCCGAACCGGUCACCGGCGGCGGCGCCGGCCACCUCCACGCGGCCCCAAGGCUGAGCCCUUCCUUCCACGGCCCCGGCCGCGAACCGGUGCCAGCGGGGCGGGGGGUGCGGCGCUCACCUGGACUCCUGCAGGUGGUGAAGCAGUGCGUGCGGGUCCCCGUGUUCGUGAUGAUCCGACCUCGCGGCGGAGAUUUCCUCUACUCGGACCGGGAGGUGGAGGUGAUGAAAGCCGAUAUCCGCCUUGCCAAGCUGCACGGGGCUGACGGGCUGGUGUUCGGGGCCCUCACCGAAGACGGGCGCAUUGACACAGAGCUCUGCACAGCGCUGCUGGCGGUGUGCCGUCCCCUGCCAGUCACGUUUCACCGAGCCUUCGACAUGGUGCACGAUCCCCUGGUGGCACUGGAGACCCUGAUUUCUCUGGGGUUUGAGCGGGUAUUGACAAGUGGCUGUGACAGCUCAGCGCUGGAAGGAUUGUCUUUAAUUAAGAGGCUUGCAGAACAGGCGAAGGGCAGAAUUGUGGUGGUGCCAGGGGGUGGCAUCACAGAGCGCAACCUGCAGAGGAUUCUGGAAGGCUCCACUGCUUCUGAGUUUCACUGCUCUGCUCGCUCAGCCCGGGACUCAGGGAUGAAGUUCAGAAAUCCGAACGUUGCCAUGGGAGCGUCCUUCUCUGCCCCUGAAUACUCCAUAAAGGUGGCAGAUGUGGCCAAAGUGAGGACCCUGAAUGCGAUCGCAAAGAACAUUCUGUAGUGGAAGGCACUGUGCUGGGACAAGAGCGCUGAGACUCCAGGGUCUUUCCUGCCACAUGGACAGAUGGGUAUUGCUUCCGUCCUCAGGCUGCAGAGGAUGUGAACUAGGUGAUGAAGCCUGACAUCUCUUCCCUUGGCUUCCCCCGAACGACCAGUCCCUGGCCUGGAAACUUAACGUUGGCCAUUUUAAAUAAAAGGACUCAUUCCCAGAUGUUGUGGCAACAAGCUGUUCAGCAGUAUUUGGGAGGAAGGGAGCUGAGCAAGUAGGGGGACUGAAUUGUGUAGCACUGCAUGUGAUUGUCAAAUAAACACUGCAGCUGCCCCCCUCU